AUGCUUGAAGCGGUUGCUUCAUAUGAUUUGUGGAUUUGGAAUGCUUACUUUGGACCCGCCAGUUCGAACAAUGACAUCAACUUCCUUAAUGAAUCUGACUUGUUCGACCAACUUCUCCAAAAUAGAGCUCCUGCGGUAAAUUUCACCGCUAAUGGCCAACAGUUUACAAAGGGUUAUUAUCUAGCUGAUGGUAUCUAUCCAGAAUUGGCUACACUUGUCAAGUCUUUCAAGUAUCCCAUGGACUCUAAGACCAGUAAAUUCAAACGCUUCCAAGAGUCUGCAAGAAAAGACGUGGAGCAUGCUUUUGGGGUACUUCAAGGCCGGUGGAGAAUCCUUCAAGAGGGUGCGCGUCCGUUAACUAUUAACAAAAUUAAACGCAUAAUGUACACUUGUGUGUUGUUGCACAACAUGGUCGUUGAAUAUAACGGCCGUGCAAUCACUCCUUUGGAUUUGGAGCUAAUUCCUGAUACCCCGCCAACGCGUUCUUGGGAGGAACGUGUUGACAUUCACUUGCGUAUGACAGGGGAGUUAUGUGAUAGGGCGACACACAACCGUCUAAGAGGCGCCCUAGUCGAGCACAUUUGGAACUUGCAGGAAAACCAAUGUGAACGUUGA